AUGGACUUCUCUGUCUCUGCUUUUGUAGAGAGACUGAAUACAACUCCAUACCUCGACAGGGAGGAAGAGUCCAACAGUUCCUCACCUUUGGAUGAAGCUUUCUUGUACUACUUGCGGGAAUGGACUUUCAGCCCAUCAUAUACAAACACGAAGGUGUUUUUAAUUCCUCCACUUGUUUGCUUCAUGGCAGGUGUCCUCAUCAUUCCAUCCAUCUUGUUUGUGAUUCUCUCCAGGUUUAAUAUCCGUCAGGAAACAAGGUACAUGCUGCUGGGAAACGCUUUGCUCUGUGACCUGAUAUACAUUUUUUUCUACACCCUGUCUGCUGUUUUUAAUGCAGCAAAUCUAACGCUCCCCAAGGAAACUUGUGUCCUCCUGCUGUUUCUGCUGGCACUGGCUUACUGUGGAGGAUUGUUCACAGCAGCUGCCAUGGUCUUGGACACAUACAUAGCUAUUUCAUUUCCUUUGCGCUACAUUACUAUAUUGCCUGCUUCACGAACGAAAAAAGUCAUUGUAUUACUAUGGAUCUGCUCUGCAGUUUUCCUUGCAAUUUUAUUCUUGUUGCUAUGGAGCACUCAGAACUAUAUGCCCUGCGUCCUGGAAAUGUGCUCCGUUCCAGUGAUCCUAGUAUUAACACUGAAUGGGACCAAUGCUACGAAACUCUGUUACUGGCUUGCUGCCUCUGUUGUCUUUCUCUGUCUGUUUGUAAUGCUCUGUUGCUAUGCUAUUCUGUAUUUUAAAACAAGAAAAUCCGGGAUAUGGGAGAGCAUCUCCUCUAGAGCCAGUGUGACAUUCUUAAUGCACCACACUGUGCUAUUCUUUUACUUCUCUCCACUGCUGGCCUUUCUUGUAGAAUCUCUUUUGUAUAUUAACUCUGUCAUUGGGCUGAAGACAGGAAUGUGGGUCUCCCUGGCAAUCUGCAACAUCCUGAUGAUUCUGCCUAAAGUUUUGUUCCCUUUCCUGUACGGGCUGCGGUAUAGAGAGAUCUCAGCCUCUCUGAAAUCCAUGGUCAGAAGGAAGCGUCUUUGCCUGGUGUCACCUGCUCCGUCACCAUCCUGA